GAAAAGGCGGGACGUCGCCCGACCGCGCCAAUGUUGGGUGCCUGGCUGGAGCACCAGAGGGACCAGUUCCAAAUCCAUGAGAACAACUUCCUGGCCUUUGAUGCCAUGUGGCACGCAGCGCAGGGCAUGGGCCGGGUGAUCCAGGGCAAGACCGACUAUGGCCUCAUGGCCUUUGCUGACAAGGGACGGUCAGCAAAAGUGACUCGUUUCCUGCAUUCAAGCCUUGGACAAAGUUGUUCAAUUUCUUUAAACCACGGGUUAGCUGCGUUUACGUUUAAAACCUGAUGAUACGCUCUCCAUCUGCUUUCCCACAAAUGGUACGGCACCCUUUUAUCAAUAAAAGUCAGGAGAGGGUA